UGUCUCAGUGCGGAGAGUUUGGUUGGUCGGUGUCAGUGCGCGCCCCCUAUAGACCGCACGGAGAGCUGCUCGUAGGGUCAGACAGAGGGCGCUCUGCGCAUGCGCUGGGGCCCAGCUCUGCACUCAGACUGGGCUUCUGCAAGGCCGGAGCCAGCACCGCAAACAAAGCAACACCUGCCCGCCCGCAUCGCUGUCCGCCGUGCGGGGUCCGGCCGGGUAACUAACUCAGGCCCACGGCGCUGCCAGCCAGGCCACACCGCUUCAAACUGGGGGGGGCCGGCGGCUCCAAGAUGGCUGUGGAGAAGAUGGAGCUGGACAUGGAGAUCCAGACUGUGCAGAACGAGGCCGGCAUGAGGAGGUCCAACAGCGCCCCGCUCAUCAAUGGACUCAGUGAUACUGAACAAGUGUUUCAACCAUAUACAAUUCGUGCACGAAGAAAUAGUACGACGACUACUAUGAUGAAUCGUCACAGCAUGAUACCAAUGUCUUCACCAAUACGCAUUCCCUGCAGCAGACUUUAUCAGCUCAGAAGGGAGGAAGGUGCAGAUUUGAUUGACAGAGAGACUGCCAGUGAACGGCAAUUCCAAGCAGCAAUGCAAAUGAGUUUGUCCUGGGAAGAUAAUUUUAACCUGAGUGAUAAUGAUCUUGACAAACUUGAAAAAUCGACUUCUCCAAAGCAAGUAGAUUUUACUCCUGUAUCUCCAGCUCCUUCACCAACCAGAGGAAUUGGAAAGCAGUGUUUCUCUCCAUCUUUACAAAUGUUUGUAAGCAGCACGCGCUUUCCUCCAAGUCCAAUAAACAGUCCAAACAGGCGCUUUGUAACACGAAGAAGCCAGAGUCCUAUCAACUUAAUACGUCCAAGUGCACUGGGCCCUAUAAAACGGAAAGUUGAAGAGGAAUUGGGAAAUCAACCAAAGAGACUGUUCCAAGGAAUUACAAACAUGCUUUCAUCUGAUUGCACACAAAUGUCAGAUUGCAGCUGGCACUCUUCAGAUCUUGACAGCAGUAGCAGCAUAAGUUCGUCUUGUAAGGAGAGCAGCGUGACCAGUUCCCCAGCUGCCUGUCUUAAUUCUUGCUCUUCAUUCACGUCACUUGAGGAUCUUUCACCAAAAUAACUGCUUCCGCUAUGGAUUUACCUUCAAUCUACCAUCUCAACGCAUUUAAACACUGACAUACAUGCCCUGUGUGAAGAACUGACUCUUUAUUCAGAAGUGGGAAAGUAUGUUGGAAAUGUACAGGCAGACUGUAUGCACUGGUGUACAUAAGUACCCUUCCCCGUAUUUAUUUGUCCUAAUGACUACAAUCAUGGACUGUGAAUGUAACUUGUUAAACCAUUUUCAGAUUUGAAAAUUUAAAGAAAAACCUCUUUAAACACUGCAUCACCGUUCAAAAAGUCUUCCUAUAGGGCUGGGAUGGCCAUGUGAGCGGUGUAAGGUGCUACUUCCUGAAAUGAAUGCAAUGUCUACCACUUAAUCAGCUGUGCUGUGUAAAAAUUCACUUUUUAUUUCUUUCAUAGAUCAGCUGUUCGAUGUAUAUCUAAACUUGGUGUCCAAAUCUUGUUAUACCAAAGUGUAUUUUUUUUUUUUUUUUUU